AUUAUCAUUUAUCAGCGUAUCAUACCUUGCACCGUGGCCCGGUACAACAAAACAAUUUACAUUCUUACGAAUCAUUUCAACUAGUAAUUUCAGUGCUGUCUUUUACGCCUACUAUCAAUUUAUUGGCUCUUAAAGUUCAUAAGAAUAAAUAUUUAAGUUGUCUUUCAUCCCUAAAAAAAUACACACUAUGUCUUUUGACCAAGCCGUGGAACAAGUUAAAAACUUAAAGGAAACACCAAGUGAUAAUGAUUUAUUGGAGCUAUAUGGUUAUUAUAAGCAGGCUACUAUGGGUGAUUGUAACACUGCCAAGCCAGGAUUUUUAGAUUUUAAAGGAAAAGCAAAAUGGGAAUCAUGGAAUGGUAAAAAAGGUAUUGAUACUGAUAAAGCUAAAACUCAGUAUGUUGAGUUGGUUAACAAGUUGGUUGAAAGAAUUGGCCUCAAAGACUAAUUGAUUAAAUUUAAAUUUAAUAUUUUAUGAAUAUUUAAUUGAAUUACAUAUGACUAUAUAUGUAAUAAUGUUAAUAUUUUUAAGUUGCCUUUUUUAUUUAAACAUUUUGGUUUAAUUAAAUAUUUAUUUAAAAUCUUUUAAAUUGUUUUACAUAAUAUUAUUAUAAUUGUACAUCACAUUAGUGGUAUUAAUCCAAUAUUUUUAUUCAAACAUAGUAAAAACUAUAAAUUUAUAUUCUAUUACUUUGUCAUUAGAAAUAAUUAUUAUUGAUUGUUUGAUAAAAAUGUUCGCUAUUAUAUUGAAUGGGUUGAAUAAAUUUACUUUUUUUUCCUCUCAAUUCAACUAUUAUUUAGUUAUAACACAUUUAUUACUGCAUCACCCUGUAACUGUAAAACAACUAAUUGUUCAUGCAAUUUAAAAUUUUUAAUUUAAUUUCUUUUUAAAUUUCAUUAAAAAAUACUUUUUAAUGAAGAUAAAUAAUAAAAUAUGUAGAGAAAAGAGUUACCUAUGUGGUACUGAAGUGACAGUCUUCAUAUUCAGUUUUAUAAAAAUGUUUGAUUUCAUAAAAUACAUUAUAUUUUUUGAUAAGAAUUAAUUUUGGUUGUAGUUAUGUUAUUUUUAAGUUUUAGUAAUAUUCUGUGCUUGAAAUAAAAUUUAUUAUAUAAGAUUUCUUAACUUUAGAGAUAUUUAUUUAGUUAUUCUAUUUCUUAUGAAAAGUUCAUUUCAUCUAUAAUAUCUCAUUUUACUAAAUUUUUAUAUCUUUAUUCUAUAUAUUUUUAAAAGAACUAGAAAAGCUCAAAACUAUAAUUUAUUUUUAACUCAUUUAUGUUUAACUCACUAUAAGACUUAAAAUUGUCUUAAAAUUUGAUUGUCUUACAUAAACAAAUUAUUUAUUUUUAUAUUAAUUUACUAAUGUGGAUCAAAUAAAUAUAAUUUAUUUUAAUGGUUGAUAAAAAUAAGAGAUUUAGUAAAUUUUUAAUUACUAUACAUGAAAUACUGACAAAUUGCUGACAAAAUUAGCUGAACAUUGUAAAAUGUUUAAUAAAAGUUUAAUUUUUAUCCUAUAUUUAGUAAAAUAAGUAUGUAUGUCAAGUGUGCCAAUAAAAAAAAUGUCUUCCGACAUCCUAUCUAUGUACAAAAAUUCUAUUUUUGUAAUAAAAUUUUUGAUUUCAUAUUUUA